UCUCUCUCUAACAUUUUAAGUAAACAAUGUAUUCCUUGAUCAAGAAAAUAAGACAACAAUUUUGUCUCUCUCUCUCUCUAACAAUAUAAGUAAAUCAAGCAAUCCUUGUGAUCAAGAAAGAUACAACAAUUUCUCUCUCUCUCUCUCUCUCUCUCUCUCUCUCAUAGGAUACCUAACACCCCAUGCCUUUUGCCUUGGACACUUAAUAUUUGCUUCUCCCCCUCAAAGAAACCACCCUAUCUCAAACCUCUUCUCAAAGCAGCACAUAUUGCAUGAAAAAAAGCUCCUCAAAACCCUUUCUCUCUCCAUCACCAAAUAAUUAAACACCCUACGUCUUCAACCCAAAAAAAAAGCAUGAGCCACCAAAGGCUUAACCACUCCUUUGAAAGUGUACCCUUCUCAUGGGAGAACCAACCAGGCAUGUCCAAAGUCUCCCCUCACAUGGACAAUAGCCCAACAAAGCUCCCGCCCCCGUCCCCGCCGCCGAUCGCCUCCCGCGGGCCGAAACUCUACGUCCCGCUCCCGCCGUGCCGGAUUCAGGCUCCGAAGACGAUCCUACUGACGAAAAAAGGCGACACGAUAGGGGAGGAUCCAUUUCUUGCAGCUUACAUAGAGUGCACAAAGAGUGUGAGGAAGCCAUUAGAUAAGGUGAGUGUUAACGAGAGGAGAAGGAGAGAAAACAGGUGGUCCGGAGUCCGGAAACUCGGGCUCGGGCUUUCGCUUUCGUGUAAGAGGGAUAGUGGGGUGAGAGAGGAUAAUUUGGUGAGGAUGAGCCAACUCCCUGAGGUUGAUUCAAGUGGCUUUGAGGAUUAAAAUGAGAGGAUUAGGUUUUAGGAUAAGUAAAUAUGUAAUUUGUUUACAUUUAUGUCAAGUUUGUGCUUAACUUUGUUAUUUGUAAACAAAUAGAAUGAGGGUCAUUAGGGUUUUACUAUUCCAAAAGAGGAUCAAAUUAUUAACACCAAAUAAGACUCAAUCAAGUGUAUUUGAUUUGUUGCAUUA